AUGAUUCUUCUAUUGAAGAUACUGGCUAGUUUUACUAUUUUGGGAGUGGAUUGUUUUGAAUCUACGUGCAAUAGAAGUGAAUAUUUGGAUCCAAGCUCAAUGACAUGUCAAAUGUGUCCAGUUAACGUCUCUAUGGUCGUGUCUGUCGAUGGCUUCUCGUGCACCUGCGAAGAUAACAGCAUACCGGACGGCAUAGCACGUUGCAGACAAUGUAACUCUACGGAGGUGGUGUCAGCGGAUGGUGCUUCAUGUGUGCCACGGAGAUGCCAGAUUGCCAAUAACAGAUAUAUCUGUAGAAAAUGCCCCAGUGAUUAUAUAUCUGUUACGCAAAAUGUAGACGGAUCUCCGGCUAAGGAAGUGCAGUGUGUGAAGUGCGCGCGCGGCUAUAAAGCGCAAAACAACGUGUGUGUGCGGUGCCCAUCAUGCGUUUGCGCAAAGACCGAUAUCGCGGUAAAGAACGAGUGCAUAUCGAAGAAGUUUCUGAGCGAAAGACCGCGGUAUGAAGGAAAUAUGCCCGCGACUCUUUUGAUGGUUCUGCUGAAGAAUGAGUAUUUGUGCACUAAAGGUGAUAUCCUCGCAUGUCGGGCGUUAGCCGCCGGAUGUGUGCACGGCUUCUACAGCACAAACGCGGCGGGCCCCUGCCGGCUGUGGCUGCAGCCUAAAUCAACUCCGCCUCGAGGAUUACCAGAUCUCGUGAUCGCACCGAGCACAAGCGAAAAGAGUCCGGGAGAAUUCAUUUUUGCGUAUGGAAUGGAAUCGUUACUGCUCGUUCUAGCAGUAUACACAUAUGAAGGAGGAUUAAACAUUCUUAAGCUGACAAAGGAUAAACAAUAUCCGUGCUUUUUACCCAUCGAGGUUAGCAUAGGAAAAGAUAUGUCAUAUGAUUGUAACAUGAACGUAUCGCAAUUAUUAACGAUCGAUCGUAACAGCACAUAUGCGGUGUAUGUCGAUUUGGGAGGAGUUUUAAAACCCAUACCGAUAGCGAUGAGAAAACCGGGAGAUUAUCAUGUCAAGCGGGGCACUUGGAGUAGCGGCCAUUUUAGACGAUUUUUUCUCGUCGGUCAUAUGACAACAACGGACAAUGUGACCAGCACUGUAUACAUCCGAAAGUUACAUAUUAAUAUUCGUGUAGAAAGGGACACACGCAGCGCAACUUCUUUGCGAUUACAAAUCCAUGUAGAAGCCCACUAUGAAAGGAAAACCUCAGUGUCUCCAUCGGUGACGACGUCGCUGCGAGUGGAACACGAAAUGCCCAGCGCUGGGAUACGCCGGGGCUUGGAGAUAUGGGGUGGUGUUUUAAGCACCCUCCUGUCUCUGUACGCCAUUCUGCAGUGGAGAGGUGUAAUGAAAAGAGGAGGAUUACAUUUCUCGUUACUACCCAUACUGUGUGGAUACCUGUCAGAUGCCUUGUAUUUUUCGGUGUGGUUUUCCACAUUGCACGCCUUGGCUGCGGAGGCGGGAACACUUGGACUAACAUUACCGCUGUCCUAUAAUGAGGAACACUUCAUCAAAUCCUUUGUAUAUUCUGCAUUCGUUUUAAAGUCUGUGAAUAUAGCGUGGCUGAAUUGGAAACAGUGUUUUUGUGACAUAUUUCUCUUGGAUUGGAGCGAAUUUAACCCUGUCUAUAGAGAUGUCUCUAUUAAUAAUCAUGAUGAAUGGAGAACCAGGACUUUGGCCAGAGAAUGGAGCAGAGUGCAAACUUUGAGGAGAGCGCCUCCGAGUUACACUGUCAUUUUAACGUUAGUAAUUAUAAAUCUAACAAGUUAUUGGUGGAGUUAUGUACACCAAAGCGGUGGCUACAAUUGGGCUGCGGCAGGCAUUGCUUGGUGGGCGUCGUAUGGAGUAAUACUGGCCUUUCGCUGGGCCUUGGACCGGCUGGCGGGUUCUCCACUAGCGUCUAUACCAAUCAUUUGUAGAGGAGUCGGAUUGUCGUUAUUGGUGUUCCAAGAAGAGCAUUACGCGCAUUACGUUCACGGAAGAAGCGAAGAUAAUAAAGAAAUGCGCAUGAUGUCGCGACCACUAUCGAUGUGUCGUAUAGCGAUGGCUCCACAAUUAAGGAUAGUCUACAAUCAACUAUCGAGCUAUACUUCAGAUGAUUCGGAGGCUUUCGCAAAACGGGCUCUUCUUUCGAAACUCCUCGCUGCGUUCUUUGAAAGAGCACUGGACGGCCUCAACUGGGUGGCUAGCGAGCGCACUGUGCUGGAACGCCUACUGAACGUUGAACUGACUGAAAGGGAGUCGGGCACCACCAGCGUGUUGCUAUACGACUCCUACGAAACUACUCCAUCCUGCGUCGCUUUAACCUGGUGGGGCGAAGAAUGGAGCUUGGGUACAUUGGACGCAAUGAUAUUCGGCUUGGUAGUGCUUAUAACUGACGAACCAUUGCUGGCAGCCCUAACAACAAUCGUAUUAUGGCAGGUUAUGCAAAACCUUAGGCACACAUUCGGUCAAAGGAAUCAAAUGAAGAAAACUAACAUAAUCAUCUAAAAUCUUUCACGAAAUUUGGUUUUUAAAAAUAAAACAGAAAAAGCUUAGUUAUUGAAAGUUAAAAAACAUUAAAAAUAUCAAGUAAUGCAUGGAAUAUUCUUUAUUGCAUUUGUGGUAACCACAUCAUUGUCUACGAGCGUAUCUGGAGAAGAAGAAAACAAUAAAAAUGAAGUGUUUGGUUCAACUUUAAUCGGGAGACCACAAAAGAGGUGCAAUCAAAAUAGUGAGGUGAUUUUAGACCAUGACUCGCGGAGCUGCGCCAGUGAUUCUAAAGAAAUAACCACAAAGAGAGGACUCGCAUAUACAGCAAAAAUAAGAACCACUACAAAGAAGAAAGUUAUUCCUCGCGGACCAUUUUAUGACUAUCUAAUUCACAUUUGUGAUGCCCUACUGAAUCAUUUCAAAGCUAACCGAAUUCAUAAAUAUUUCAACAUCCUAGGAAAAUCUCUCGAUGGACUGGGCUCGGGGUUUUUCAUGAAAAUGGAAAUUGAUCGUUUUGUGAGAUUGAUAAAGAAAAGGUCAGUUUACUCGGCGAAGAAACUAAAGCAGUAUGUGAUUAAUUUCGUCAAUAUAAUAUCCAGCGGGAGGCCAAUGAUGAAUGAAUUCUUUUACGCGAUGAAUUCAAUUUUUACUAUUUACGAUGACAACAAAAUGGACGAUUACAUUUAUCUUCUAAGAAAAUACGGAAAAAAGGAAAUAGAUAUCAUAGGUGACAGAACUCGGUGGAUGUUCAAAGAAUUCAUUUUCGGCAAGUUUCAGAAACAAAAAUACGAAAUUACAAGUGAUAUAAAACUUAAAUUAAAAUUGGCCAACAUAGAAUAUGAGAAAACACGCAACAUUAAUCGGUAAUAAAAAUACCAUUUUUACCACACCGUGAAAUUAUUAUUACUACGCAACGAAAUGUUUUUUUUUCAAUAUAACUUCUAACCUUACUUUUGAAAGUAUGUGUGUAAAGUCCUAUUUUAUUUUUUUAUUUUGCACUGGGGCUUAUAUCAGGACAGCAUUUGCCGUACAUUUUGAAGGUGUGGUUGAAUCGAGACACCCAUUGGCUUUCGGGGAUAAACUAUCAAUACACAGAGACGGUUUGAGAUCUCAUAAAAUAUUCGAGAAUUUCUUGCGAAGUCUCUUGACGUUGCUAUCGACAGGUUUUUCAAAGAAAAAGUUAUCGAACUAUUGCAGACUUUUGAGACAUGAAGUUGAUGAAUUAGGUUUCAAAUAUACAAAUAAUUUGGCAAAACAUCUGAAAGACUUAUCGCGAAUGGACCGCGACGACCUCCAAUCAGAACUGGCUUCUUACGUGGAGGAAAUUGACAAACCGCUUACUUUUCGGAGACAAUUUUUAGACGCAAUGAAUCAAGUUUUCACUUUACAGCAGGAUGUUAUUUUCAAAGACUACAUUUUGGACGUAAGAGAUUAUGGAAAUGAGGACAUAUUAUUUGUGCACGAGGAAACUCGAAAAGUUCUCAAAACGAUUGUCGCUAGUGUUAUGGAGAUCAGUGCAAGAGACCGAAAGGAAUUGGAAUUAAAAAUGAAGAAGGCAAUCAAAGAAUAUAAUAAAUUGCAAAAACAUGUUUUUUUCUAAAUUUGAUUACUUUAGUUUUUCUUUGUUUCGUGUUUUAUCUUAACCCCUUUUUCCCCGACUGAUUACUUAUAUUGCCUUUAAAGUGCAAAUAUAAAAUAAAAUUUGAAAGGAUAGUGAUUUAAAA